GCUUAUUGUGCUAAAUAAAGGUAAACUGACGAGUAAACUUAAGGACAUUCGGCUUCGGCAUAAAUCAGGGAAUAAUAUUAAGGAGGACUUCAUUACUAUGGAGUUUUCUGGUUGGAAAGUGCGUUCUUCUUCAAGAAGGUCAACAGAUUAUUUUGUAUAUGAUAAUGACUUUCAGUGCAACUGCAGAUUGAUGUGCAUUAAAUGCAGGGCUUGCAUUCAUAGGUAUUCUUGUACAUGUAUUGACUAUACCAUCAAAUGGAAUAUGUGCAAGCACAUACAUAGUGUUUGCCAGAUUCAGUUAAAGCAGCAACCUUCUGAACACCUAAGAAAUAGUGAAGUUACACUUACUGAGAGUGAAGAUAUUUCUGUUGUAGACGAGGAAACAGAAAUACUAGUGGAGGUAACGAAAAAAAGUGUUAAUGAUUCUGUACCUUUGUCAGUCCAAAGAAGGGAACUUAUCGCUGAGUUUUCUGGUAUUGUAUCUGAGCUGACCUCAAAUGACUUAGAAACUGCUAAAAAAAUGUUAUCGUCACUAAAGGCAACUGUAGCUGUCGGAAUGUUGCAGCAAAAACAGGCACCGCUGCAGAUAGAAAGGAAACAAUCACAAAAGAUUUUACCUCAACAUAGACUGUACUCUACAAAGAAAAACAAAAGGAGUAAUAAUGCAUCCCUGGUGCUACCAAAUUCAGAAGAAUCCAGUUUGAUGAAAUUAUCUCUACUGGCAGACAAAGAAGAUGCACUUGUGGGAAAAGGUUCAGCUGUUAAAAAGCAACCAACAAUAAAAAAUACAGAGGGUGUAGCAGGUCCAUUCCCCAUUACAGCAUGUGCCCUACAGCACAGCCCGACGAAUCGCUCAACUCCCAUGAUUCAGCCAAUAGCAAAACAGGCUGAGGUGGUAUCUAGUCAGUCUCUCGCUACAUCGUAUGUGCUGAAACACAGCCCGAGGAAUAUUUGCAUUUCUGCCUGCAGGCUCAACUUCCACAAUUCAACCAAUACCAAAACAGGCUGUGGUGGUACCACAUCCAUCCAUCGGUACAGUGCGUGUGUUGCUACACAGCUCAACAAAUGGUGCUGUUCUCCCACAUUUAAACCAGUGACAGGGCAGGAUAAGAUGGUAUCAGUGCCUUCCCUUACUACAGCGCAUGUUCUGCAACACGGCUAUGGAAUGCAACCUGUGAUGCCAGGAAACUCACAGAUAAACUAAAUCAUGUGCCAGAUGUCGAGCACCAUUGUGUUUGGAAGUUCCAUUGUUCUGUGUGCGAACAGUUUUGGAAGUUUGGAUGAAUCAAGUUUCUGAAACUGACUGGAAAGAAACUUAAUUUUCAAAAACUAAGAUUUUAUUGCAAUUCAUGAUACUGUGAAAUAUUUUUAGAAUUGCUGUACAUUCAGCUAAAAGUUACAGUAAAAUUUUCUUGUAAGUUAUGCCUGCAGAAACUUUUGUACUGAAUUUAAUCUUUUCUUUUGGUUUAUAAUUUUGAUU